GGCCGGAAGGAUGCGCUCCCGGAAGUUCCGGUGGGGCCAUCGCUGUGUGGGGUAAACAGUAAUGGCGGAGGCUGCGGUGGCCCCCGGUGGUGGCGGAGCAGCGGCCACGGCAGCAGGAGCGGCGGUUGCCUCGGCCACCAGCCCCCCCUCCGCCGCUGGCGCCGUCACCACCACUACCACCACGGCCUCCAGCCCCGCCGCAGCCGGACCCCAGCAGCCCCCGCCGGCCGGAGCUGGAGGAGGAGGCAGCGGCUGUUGGACGAAACAGGUCGCCUGCAGGUAUUUCAUGCAUGGCGUUUGCAAGGAAGGGGACAACUGCCGUUACUCCCAUGACCUCUACACUAGUCAGUCUGCAAUGGUGUGCAGGUAUUUUCAGCGAGGAUGCUGUGCUUACGGAGAUCGUUGCAGAUAUGAACAUACCAAGCCAUUGAAAAGGGAAGAAGUGACUACUGUGAGUCCAGCUGCAAAAACCUAUCCUUCAGCUUCCACAGAUAUGACCCCAGCCCCUGGAACACUUGAAGCAAGCAGUGGUGAGACUGAAAUCGAAGAGAAAGACCUGGCAGCAGCGGGGGCAGGAGCUGAAGAUUGGGUGAAUGCUGUGGAGUUUGUUCCCGGGCAGCCAUAUUGUGGCCGUGCUGCUCCAUCCUCUACAGAAGCCCCCUUGCAGGGAAUGGUAAUUGAGGAAGAAUAUGAAAAGCAGCAAACAAAUCUGGAGAUGAAGAAACAGCUGUGUCCAUAUGCUGCAGUAGGAGAAUGCCGUUAUGGAGAAAACUGCGUAUAUAUCCACGGCGAUGUGUGCGACAUGUGUGGCUUGCAGGUCUUACAUCCCGCUGAUGCUGCACAGCGAUCAUUGCACAUAAAGUCUUGCAUUGAAGCUCACGAGAAGGACAUGGAGCUCUCGUUUGCCGUCCAGCGAAGCAAAGACAUGGUGUGCGGGAUCUGCAUGGAAGUGGUGUAUGAGAAGGCCAACCCCAGCGAGCGUCGUUUUGGGAUCCUCUCCAACUGCAAUCACACUUACUGUCUGAAGUGCAUCCGCAAGUGGAGGAGCGCUAAACAAUUUGAAAGCAAGAUUAUAAAGUCCUGCCCAGAAUGUCGGAUCACAUCUAACUUUGUCAUUCCAAGUGAGUACUGGGUGGAGGAGAAGGAAGAGAAGCAGAAACUCAUUCAGAAAUACAAGGAAGCAAUGAGCAACAAGCCAUGCAGGUAUUUUGAUGAAGGCCGUGGGAGCUGCCCAUUUGGAGGGAACUGUUUUUACAAACACGCAUAUCCCGAUGGCCGCCGAGAAGAACCUCAGAGGCAGAAAGUGGGAACUUCAAGUAGAUACAGAGCGCAGCGGAGAAACCGGUUUUGGGAGUUCAUUGAGGAAAGGGAGGGCAGUGAUCCCUUUGAGAAUGAUGAGGACGAGGUGGUGACCUUCGAGCUGGGCGAGAUGCUUCUCAUGCUGUUGGCGGCAGGGGGCGAGGACGACCUGACAGAUUCCGAGGACGAGUGGGACUUGUUUCACGACGAGCUGGAAGACUAUUACGAUCUGGAUCUAUAGCGUCUCUCUGUGGAGUUUGGACUGUCGGCUCAAUUUUCAGGCAGUAGCUCUUUUCCUGUGGUGUUGUGGCAGUGCCUGUGUUUUUCUCCUAGGCAGGCCUAUCCAUUCCAGGUGCUGCUGUUGUAAUAACUUACCCAGGGUCUGUCUCCUCCCCCCGCCCCCAACUUCCAGCUUCCCCAGCCCCUGGAGUGUGUUCCUCCCUUCUGUUAAACAAAUGACAUGAAAUAAAACUUUAAAACAUUAGUUUUUGUAAAAAUGAAUUUAACUGUCAAACAGUUAGCUUAGACUUGUUGCUUCAUAUCUGUGUUCCUGACAGGAUUCAUCCAGUUCCAGGGUUCACAUGUUUACAGGACUUCCACACUCAUCUUGAAAGAGCCCAGAUACAAACAUAAGAGCAGUGGCCACGUGUGGGAGGGGGGACGGGGAACGGGCGAGCAGAAGUUGGCCAAUGGCCUCUUUUUCCGCUAUGGACUUUGGAAACAAUGUUUUUUACUUCAGGAUUUCAGGCCAGCAGCUACUUUCUUGGUUGGCUUCAGCUCCAUUCCAGCACCCCCCUCCCCCUGAUGUACAUGUGUUCAUUUGUGGUUUUGGUCUCUUGUUUACUUGCACAUUACUAUUUACUACUGUGUAACCAGAACCAGGCACGAAUGUUCCAAGUUUUUACUGUUCGGCAUGAAAGGCAAAUGUGUUUGUGUGUGAAAGGAGAACUUUCUAUGUAUGUAUAUACAAAUAAAAUGCAAAGUUGUAUCCCAAGGGCUGGGCAACUUGAUAUAGAUAUAUAUAUAAGUUGCCCAGCCCUUGGGAUACAAUAUAUAUAUGCGUGUGAGUGUGUGUGUGUGUGUGUUAAAACCUUUCACUCUCCCCUUUUAUUCUUCUCUCAUACACACUACAACCCCCACUCUUUUCUGGUGCAUGAAAUCUGACCUCCAACUGGACUUGGAAGCAAAUAUUGUGGUCUCAGUCAAAUCUGUGGAAAUGUUGUUUAAACCAGAUACUAUAAAGUUGGUAGUAGGCACCUUCUUAAUGACACCAGCACAUGCACAUGAGCACACUUCCCAGUUUCCCUCUCACUCCUUUGGUCGGUGAUUGGAUAGGAAUAUGGUUAGCCAAAGUGGAUUCAGACCAAGCAAUUGCCCAGUAAGUCGUCACCAUGUUGGAAUCCCUUUGUGUUAGUUUUUCCAAAGUUGUAGACUAUUACUACUAGAGCGGACUUUUAUCUAGGCAAUUGCUUCUGCAUCUCGAUUAAAAGGGGACUUGUUGCCUCACUGAUCAUCAGAUAUGGGCAGGUAGACUCAUAUUGGCUGCUCAAUAUGCAUGCUACUUUACCCAUAGAACGUAGGGCCACUCAAUAACCAGGCUCUAGUUCUGUUAGAAAGAACUCCAUAUGCUACCAAAUUCCUCUUCUCCUCAAUCAUUCAAUGGAAUUUUAACCUUCCAUUACAUUCAGUGCUGCUGGAUUGUCCUUGAUCUGUUCUGCUGCUUCUGUCCUUUAGAUUGCGUCUCCUUUCACUUUUAAAUGGAAUCAAAUUAUUGCUGAAGUCUGUGUUACUUUGCAGCUGCCUUUUGUAAGAAGCACUUUUCCCAAAUAAAAAAAAAUUUAAAAGCA